CUCUAUCGUUAUCGCAUGGCUGCAAUGUGUAUGCGUUCCCACCCAUCAUUGGCCGCGUCGAUGUUACACGGACACGGACACGAUAUAAGCACGCCACGGCUGCCGUCGGUGAGUUGUUUCCAUUGGUCACGCCGUUACGAGACGCCGGGAGACGCAUUCGCCGCCUUCAUCGUCAGAAGUUACAGCAGCUGCGGAAAAACGACCGACAACAAAAUGGCCUGCCCAGCCCGAGACCCCGCGUCGGAGCAAUUGAACAAUUACAAGAAGAAUUACAAGGGUGAAGCACCUGUAUUGUUGACUGCAAAUGGAGCGCCUAUCUCUGAGAAGAAGGCCAGCCUCACGGUUGGUCCUCGUGGGCCCAUGUUGUUGCAAGAUUUCGUUUACCUGGACGAAAUGUCGCACUUCGCCAGAGAGAGAAUCCCGGAGCGAGUUGUACAUGCGAAAGGAGCGGGUGCGUUUGGCUAUUUCGAAGUUACACAUGACAUCAGCAAGUAUUGCAAGGCUAAAGUGUUUUCCAGUAUUGGAAAGAGAACUCCGAUCGCUAUAAGAUGUUCCACCGUCGGUGGUGAAAGCGGUUCUGCCGACACUGUUAGAGAUCCACGUGGUUUUGCUGUGAAGUUCUACACCGAAGAGGGUAUUUGGGAUCUCGUUGGUAACAACACGCCCAUUUUCUUCAUCAAGGAUCCUCUUUUUUUCCCGAGUUUCAUACAUACUCAAAAGAGAAACCCUGCGACGCAUUUGAAGGACGCUGACAUGUUUUGGGACUUCAUUUCUCUCAGGCCCGAAACGACGCACCAAGUUAUGUUUCUCUUCGGCGAUCGCGGUAUUCCCGAUGGCUACCGUCAUAUGAAUGGCUACGGUUCUCAUACAUUCAAGCUGGUGAACAGUAAGAACGAGAUGGUAUACUGCAAAUUCCACUACAAGACCAAUCAAGGAAUCAAGAAUAUUCUCGCAGAGAAGGCCGCCGAGCUCAGUUCUUGUGAUCCCGAUUAUUCGAUUAGAGAUCUUUACAACGCCAUCAGUAAAGGAGACUAUCCGUCCUGGACUCUAUACAUCCAAGUGAUGACUGCUGAACAAUCAAAGACUUUGAAGUGGAAUCCGUUUGAUCUGACGAAGAUUUGGCCGCAUAAGGAGUUCCCCUUGAUACCGGUAGGCAAGUUGGUGUUGGAUCGCAAUCCUGAAAACUACUUCGCCGACGUGGAGCAAAUGGCUUUCGAUCCGGCGCAUAUGGUACCUGGUAUAGAGCCGAGUCCCGACAAAAUGUUACAGGGUCGUCUCUUCGCCUAUGGCGAUACUCACAGGCAUCGCCUUGGUCCGAAUCACCUUCAGUUGCCAGUAAAUUGCCCGUAUAAGACGAUCUCUGCAAUGAACUAUCAACGAGACGGCAAUAUGCCUUUGUACAACCAAGGUGGUGCGCCAAAUUAUUAUCCGAACAGCUUCAACGGUCCGAAGGAAUGUCCGACAGUACGUUCACCGAGUUUCCCGGUGAGUGGAGACGUCGAUCGCUACGAUCCCAAGGACGAGGAUGACUUUGGUCAGGUCACGACGUUCUGGCAGAAAGUUCUCGAUAAGUCCGCUAAAGAGAGAUUGGUGAAUAACAUGGUUGCAAGUUUGAGUGGCGCCUCGACGUUCAUUGUCGAGAGAGCCGUGCGAAACUUCGCCCAGGUGGACGUCGAUCUCGCGCAGAGAUUAACAGAAGGCUUGCGUAAGAAAGGAAUGCUCAUAAACGCUUUGGGCAGAACGGCUAAUCUCUGAAGAGGCUGUAUGAUUGUCCCACUCAACUUUCACAUUUUAUACCACAAAGACCGAUCACACUGAUCACAUGAUACACAAUAUUUCGCAUUGAUUGAACAUGUUUGUCGGAUUACCACUGAGACUAUUUCGCAUAUUCGAGCUAUUGUACAUCGCUUUGAGCGUAAUUAGUGUUAAUACAUGUUAAUACACGUUAAUUAUACUUAAUGUAACACUUUUCUUUUUCUUACAAGGGUGUGGGUAUAUAACUAUCGAUGGUGACAAUAAUAUGGUGCUUGCAUAAUAAACGGUAGCUAUAUCUAUAAUACACACUAAUUGUUUGAAGAAGAUUAAGAUGCAUCUACAGUUAUACAAUAUUAUAGGAUAUUACAUUUUGCUACAAAUUACAAUAUACAUGUUUAUUGUAAAAUUUUGUAGUUCU